AUAGCAUACGUAUAAAUGAUGAAUGUUGCACAUUACACGCAUGUUAAGUGGGUUCUAAAGGGAGGCGCUGUGAUUUAAAGACAUUGUGUGAUGUCGUAUUAAAGCGGAAAAAUUGGUGUGCAACAUGUUACGUCGUUCAUAGCAAAUAUAAAUAAGAGGUAUCUUGCUAUUUUGUCCUUUUUUUAUUAUUAUUUAUGCACACUGCAUAGUGAAAUAAUGGCCACCGGCAAACAAAAGGAAAGGCCCAUCAGGUUAGAACACAUCAUAUGUUUCAGUGUAAUAUGUAAAUGAUUUCGAACAUGCUUGUCUUGAGUUCGAUCCCCCUGAGUGCUCCUGUAUCUAGGCAACACGUCAACAAACUCUCAUCUAUCGGACAAGUAGGCACUUACUUAGCUCUUACUAUCAUUUGUAUCUCAAUUGUUUGUAGUUGUCGUUGUAAGAGAAUGAGCUCGGAGGUGUUAGUGUCAAAGCCGCAAUAUGACAGCAGUGCGGUGGUUCCGGGGCCCCUGGACGAAGGGGCCCCGCUAGAGCUGGAGGCCGCGCAGCCCUCCUCGGGCUUAGCUACCGCAGGCUUCCGCUCCGCUAAAUACACCCCAGCCGAGUGGUUCUCCAGCUACCGCAGCCUCCUUCAGCAGGCCGGCUCCGACCAUCUCUCGGCUCAGACCAUCCAAGAGGACUCUCGGAUCCUCUGCGAGAAGACAGAGACCACCACGGUCCGCAACCAGAUCAACGGGACGCGCCUGCUGGGGGAAAGGCUCCAGGACAUCCAUCGCUGGAAGUCCGAGCUGCAGGAGCACAUCCGCCGCCUGGUGGCCGACACGGCGGCCCUGCAGGGGAUGAAAAUGCGGCUGGAGAAGGCGCUGGACGCCACGGAGACUCCGUAUGCCAUCGCUAAUGAUAAUCUGACCUGCAGGAGCCGGAGACUGGGGCCUGACCUGGUCCUGGACUGUGUGGAGGAGGAACUGCUCAAGGAAGUGGACUUGAUCAAGAGUGUCCAGGCUCUCCUGAAGAGAACCAUGGACCAGGUUUCCACUCAGAUCAAGACGAACAGAGAGGUCAAGCAGACGUUGGAGUUCGAUUGGUCAGAUAAGUACGAGGCCUACGCGUUGGACGACCAGUGCGGAAGAUACAACAACAAGAGCACAGACACGCAGCAUCACGCCGUCUCGGCCUCCAUGUUGGCGCAGAUGUCUAACAUCCCAUCAUGGGUCAAGUUCACACAAAACAACAUCAACAAGGCACUGAGGGAGGAAAAGGCCACACAUAAUCUCAGAGAGCUAGCGGAGCAGGUGCUACUGGAUACCACUAAAGACCUGAGGGUCCAGUGCUACAAUGUAGACCAAGCCUUCCUGCAACGCUGUGCAGAGCAGAUGGACGCUAAGAUCCAACUGGAAGUGAAGCUUAAGCAGACUUUGGAGCAGAUUGGAGCUCAGGAGAGGAACAUAGUGGCUCUCCAGAAGGCCAUCCAGGACAAAGAUGCCCCGCAGAGAGUAGUUGAGUCCAGGUUGUACCGUCGCUCUCUCAGAGCCAACAUGGAGCUUUGCAGAGAUGAGCCCCAGCUUAGCUUGGAAAAAGAGGUGAAGCAGAUCGGCGCCACGUUGGAAUCUCUGCAGCAGCAGCUGAGCGAUGCUCGGCGAUCACUGUCCCAGCUGGAGGAGUCCCGCAUGGCGCUGGAGAAGGACAUCAUGUGUAAAGGCCACUCGCUGUUCAUCGAAAGAGAAAAAUGCAUGACUCAGCGUAAAUUGUACCCGACAAUCUCAACCCUCUCUGGGUAUUGAUCAUCUUUGGUCGGCUUGGUGUUGCAGUGUUAACGUUGUUGUGAACCAUGACCACAUUCAUUGAUGAAGAUAUACGCUAACAUUGUUUUUUUGCAAUUGAAUGUUUGCGUCCAAAACAAUUUCAAUAGUAGCAUAGUCAUGUGGUACAUUAACAUUGUGUUUGAUGAGUUAGUUUCACAUAGAUAUAUUUAUGGACGAUUAUUUGCACUUUUCCGGCAUUCUCACAAAGUACCAGGAUGUAACCUCAGUGAAAGGUGGGAAUUCAAAGCAAACCUCUAUAAAAUGUGACUUUAAAAUGUGUUAUGGACGACCACACUACUGUGCUAAAAGUAAUAAUCUAAUAAGGUUCAUUAGGUGUAAUAUUUCCAUACUCAAACAAUUCUUUUUAACAGACCAAAGUAGUAGUUUUUCAGACCUGACAGUUUCGACUGCUUGCUAGCAGUCUACA